UGUAUUGGAGGAAGGACGUGCAGAGAUUUUGUAGAUUGCCAAGUUCCUCUCUGCAUUUUGUGUCCCUCUAUUUCUGCUUAUAAAAGCACAGGGCACAAGCCAGUAACCUUAUUAUUCUUGAAUACAGCAGGUAGCAAAAGAAUCCAAAGGAGAAACAAGGAUGAUUUUGGGAUUAUGCACCGUGUUACUGCUAACCCCAAUACUGACAGAUGCCCAAAUUGAUAUCCAUGCUACUUCCCAAGACUAUGAAGUGGGAAGUAAGAUACUACUGCUCUGUAAAGUCAAUACUGAAGCAGAAUGUACAUGGCUGAAGGACGAUGAGGAGAUAGAUGAAGAUUGGGUGGAAAGUAAAAAACUGGACGAAACUUUAUAUCAACUGACCAUCAAAUCUGCUGUAAUGGACGACAUGGGCCGCUACACUUGUAACUGUAAAUUUGAUUCUGGACUGAAGAACAGCACAGACUUGAUGAUCUAUGUCUACCAGCGGCCCACAUUUGCUAAAACAGCAACUUACUACGAGUUUCUGGAGGGAGACGUGGCUGUUGUCCCCUGUAGUGUGACAGGGCAGCCACAGGUUGAAGUGAAGUGGAAAAAAAAUUUGGCCGAAAGUAAUGUAACCACUGACUCUGAUGCUCGAAUAAAAGUCCUGGAGGACAGCAGCUUACAAAUCAAUGGCAUUCAACGGGAAGACCAUGGAGCUUACAGUUGUGUGGCCAGAAUUCCAGGACGCCCCAUCUCUGAGACCCUUGUCAUCUCUGUUGUUGUCACUGCUUCUCCUAAAGUAUGGAUUCAAGAAAGUGAGAAAAGUGUUUUGGAAGGACCUGAAAAUAACGUGUCCAUUGUCUGUUUGGUGACCGGUGAACCAACUCCAAACAUAACUUGGUCUAGCCCAAUGUUGUCAAACACCAGCCACUACACAUUCAAUUCAGACAAGAGUGAGCUGACCAUCACCUCUGUGGACUUCAGCGACAAUGGAGAGUACAUAUGUACAGCCAGAAAUAAAAUCGGAGCACAAAGCGCCAGCUUCAAGCUAAAUGUCUUAGUACAUCCUAUUAUAAACCUGACGACAGAGAGUAUGGAAGUGAAGCCCGGACACCCUGCCUCUGUGACUUGUCAAGUUAUUGGACAACCAACUCCCACAAUAACCUGGAUAAAGAAAAACACCAAUGAGAAACUGACCACCAGCAGUGGCCGGGUCAAAGCUGUGGGAUCCACACUGCGGAUUGAGAAGGUGGAGCCCUCAGAUGGAGGCUUGUACACCUGCAUGGCCCACAACACCGCUGGGAAUGACAGCAAAGAUUUCACCUUAGAGACUUGGCCAGACACCCCGGCUCAGGUCACUAUCAAUGCAGGGACCACAUCAGUUACAUUUUCUCCAACGGUUCCUGUAGUAAAUGGAGGAUCAUCAAUCACCAACUACAUCUUAGAAUGGAAAGAGGAGGGUGCAGAUGAAUGGAUCCGGACAUUAGCCCCAUUUGAAGAAACCGUGUCCAUCCCUUCUCUGAAGCCAAGUACUUCCUACUCUGUUCGUAUGGCCGCCCAUAACCGCAUUGGCCAGGGGGAAUUCUCCUCAGAGUACUCCAUACGAACGCUACCCAAUGUGGUCGAACCCAGUAAGUCUGGGAUGGGAAAAGCAGGCAUGGUGGGCAUCGUCAUGCUGAUUUUUGUGGUGAUGCUGGUUGCCGUGGACGCCACUUGUUGCUAUACAAACAACUGUGGUGUGCUGAUGUUCCUGGCGGUCAAGCUUCUCGGGCGAAAGGCACCUAAAGACAAGGGUCUUGAGCAGGUCAACGGGGAAAUCUCCACUAUAAUACUUCCGCCCAGCAGUAAACCUUCCACAGAGGCAUGACAGACCAGGAAGGAUGUGGCCUAAUUCACAUUCAACAUUGCUGCAAGUUCUUUAGCUGAAUAAUUUGUCUAAAAACAUACACACACACACACACACACACACACACACACACACACACACACACACACAUAUAUAUAUAUGUUAGUCUGUGUGUAUAUAUAUAUACACACACAUACACAUAUUAUAAACAACUAUAUAUUUAUAUAUAUUUGUUUGUAUAUAAAAAAAUCCAGAUGCUACAUGCAUAGAAGAUGGAUGGAUGGAUGAACAAAUGUAUAAUAUAUAUUUUGCAGAGCACGUUUAAUUUUUAAACUGUGUAUGAUGUAUACAACCUAAGAGAAUAUAAUAAUUAUAAUUACUAUGGUAAUGAUGAAAUUAUCUGUGGUUUUGAAGAGAAUUAGUAGGCAUUUAUUUUACUGGUAAUUUAAACAUUACCUCAUACCUAGAAUAUGUAGGGAAAGAUUUAAAUUAAUGUUUUACACUUCAGAUUUUUAAAAUAUUUUUGCAUACAUCUCUGAGUUUUAGUCAAGAUUACCAAAUUCGUGCACACUGUUGUUGGUUACAGUGCAGAAACUAGCAUUCAGCUAGGAAAAAGUUGUACAUACAAAAAAUGUAAGGUUUUUUUAAUUGUUUGUUUACAUUUCUUAUUUAACUGUACUAUAUUGUAUUUAUGUAUACAUUAUUUUGAUAUAUAAAAUAAAAUAAACAAUUUGCAACAUGUGCCAUUGCAGAAAACAG